AUGAAGGCCAUGUGUAAUUUUGUGAUGUUACAAGCAAAUAAAGCAGGUGACAUGACUGUGAAAGUCGAAACUGAUACUGCUCAAGUUGCGACGUAUUUCACUGGUUUACAAGAUCCGUCGACAAUGAAUGCAGAUGGAGCUGAUCUUUCGCAAUUGAAUUUGCCAAUCACACAACAGUCACGCUCAUCAACAGAUUCUCUUGAAACAGCCGAAGUGCGUCUGGAUAUAAAGAAAUUUGCUCAGUUACUCCAUUCUCAACAGCCACAUGCUGAAAAGAUGGUUCUCAAUUUCUGUAAUAACAGCAUGUUACACAUCUGCAUUGUUGCUGAAUAUUUUACUCUUCAAUGUAUCUUACCUUCCAUUCAACUCUAA